AGUCCUCAAUUAGAGCUCGAACUGAGCAGUCACUUUAUAAUUUUCGCUUGAAUAAAUUUCACAGUAUACUUUAACCUUUUUAAUCCAUGAGUUUCAUUUUCGAGUAUUAAAACUUAGAAUUAUUACGCUAUUUUUUCGUUUGCUUACUCCUACAAAAUAAAUAGCCUUACGACUAUUUAAUACGAUUCCAUCCAAUUGGCAAAAUAAGUAUAAUACAGGAUUAUACUUAUAAAAUCGAAGAGCGGAUAUACCGGCUUGAAGAAGUCCAUUCUACGGCUUUCUUACCCAGGACUCCUGACCCGGCACUUUCAAACAUCCUCAGGAGUGGUGACAGCAGCCCUAAGCAGCCAAGCUUAAUAUAUUUUCCUUGCAACAGCGCCAGCCCUUUGCAGGACUUGUAAAACUGUUUUGACCGGGGAACAGUUAGGUCUCAUUUCUUACCACCAAAAACGAGGAUCGGAACCAAGAUGGCCUCGACGAUCCUGAUCCACCUGAUGGCUAGCAUGGUCUUCACAACACUCUUUUCUGGCGCAACAGACGCCCUUAUUGGAUACGACUGCGGAAGGAAAUCUGCACCGAACAUCACUACUAUAUCACUGCGCCACGUCGGUAAGUGCGAUUUUAACAGCAUGACAACCGAGACAGAAAUGCAGUACGUAAAUUUAUUACAGAAAGCCGAAUUUGAAAGUACUAUGAUAGAAUCAUGUCGAGUCAUUAUUACACAAAACGUUAAAUAUUGUGGUAUGGGUUCUCAUACAGCCGAAACUAAUAAAGAAAAUACGCGAAACGCAUUUCUCGCGAAGCUUGUCAUGAAAUGCACAAAUUCGGGCAAUAUAAAGUCUAUGAUCAAAUUAUUACAAAUCGUACAAAUUACCGAACUGUUAGAGUCAAAGGCUCCGUCGAUGGUGACUCGAGAUACAAAGGAGAACUUGUAAAAAAUGGAUGUAUGGGGAGAAUAGAUAUAUGUAUAUUUCAAAUAAAAUAAGGUACGUUGUUA